AUGGCUAACCACGCAGACUUGCAUCUCCGCCAUGGUGCUGACCUUUGCACUUUGCCUGGGCCUUGUCGCGACCGUCUACUAUGUGCUGAAUCCCAUGGAAGCUAUGCGGAGAAACUAGAGAGUGCUCUAAAGACAGUGUACGGCAACAAUGCCUUCUCUCGCCUCUUCAACGGCAACGUGCAACACCACGGUAUCCUCAACGUUAUCGGAGACACGGCCAGGAUUCUUGGGCACAUGGCCCGCAUGCGGACUCUGUUACCGCUGCUGAAAAAAAUGGAGAGAAAUUACGCCAUGUCUCGUCCGGGUUUGAAGAGCAGCCUCGCCGUUGCGGUGGAGAUGACCAAACAGGCUCAGCUUAGAAACCUUCCCGGUCUCCUUGAAGAGAUUGCACGCAUGGGCGUUGAUAUCCUGGUGGCACGAACGCACAUCUCGUUCUGGGACAUCGACGAGCACAAGGCCAUGGCAGGAGGCACGAUGUGGAAGAAUCCCAGACUAAUAGACAAACCUUCGCUGUCCUCCACUCUGGAACAACUCCAGAGUCUGCUUCCCAUUCCCAAGACCCUGAUGCUCUCCAUGACCUGCGGGGUGUCUUCCUUCACGUUGUCUUCAGCGGUCGAACAGAACGACACCGGCAGCAACGUGAUUCAGCAGAAACCCGUCGGCUUCACUGUGGAGAAUUACAACCAAGUGUGUGGACGGACACGCACGAUCCAAUAUCCAGAGAUCUUCGCCGUGAGUCAAGGGCGAGACGUCAGACACGUCUACAUCUACGACACACCGGAAUCCAUGAGUAUGAAGGCGAAUCUCACUUCUGGCAACUUAAUCGAGCGCGGUCUUGCCCCCGAUUUGGGCUGGGCUGUUUUUGACCUGCAAUUUGACGACUGCGGGAACGACAGACGAUUCGAGCGACUCUGGCGUCUACGACACGCGAUGAGUCGAAGAGGUUGCCCCGGCAGCACAUGUCACGGACACCGUGAUUCUUUGAAUGUCACGACGGUCACGUAGAACGUAUUAAUCAAUUAACCCUUCCCCCAAUUUAGCCACAAGGAUGAUUCGUAUUGACCAGUGUUAGGAGACGCAUCAAGUUUAUUAAUAAAGAAAUGUACGUGU